ACCACGACAACGCGAGGCAAUGUUUGUGUACGCGGAACAAGCCUGAUACAAUGUAGCAUGGCUUGGCUAGAGUAGCCAUUUAUGUAGCCUUUUGUAAAUAGUCUACCGUUGCGCCAAUCCAAUGCGCUUAAAGUAAAGAUCAAGGUCAUUAAAACCAGCCUUUCGUCGGACAGUAUCUCCAUAUGUUGUACAAAAAUGUACCAAAUGCGACGACCUAAAUAUUUCACACCGACUGAGGUGUCUCUGCAUACCACAUUGGAUGAUUUAUGGGUAUCUUACCUUGGUAGAGUGUAUGAUUUGACACCGCUGGUGAAUGAGUAUAAAGGUGAUGUCCUCCUGAAGCCCAUUAUUGAAAGUGCGGGGAAGGACAUCAGUCACUGGUUUGACCCAAAGAAGAAAGAUGUGUUGACUCAUAUCGACCCGCUCACGGGCUGCCUCAAGUACUACACCCCCCGGGGGCGCUUUGUGCACAUCCCCCCUCCCUGCCCGCGCACAGACUGGGCCAAUGAUUUCGGCAAGCCCUGGUGGCGGGACGGCCGCUACGAGGUGGGCAUGCUGUCUGCCAAGACCCGCUGGAUACGCAUCAUCAACACACUCACCUCCGAGGAGCAGAAGCUGGAGGUGUGUUCGGAGGAGACUUUGGACGAGAUCCUCCAGCGCUACCUGCGCUACAACAGCCAUGCCGGCAGCUACACCUGGAAGCACAACCACAUGCCCCUGGACAUGUCCAAGACGCUGGUGGAGAACGGCAUCUUCGACGAGGAUGAGGACUUCUACCAGUGUCGCAUGGACCGCGACCUCUUCACCGAAUCCAUAUGCCUAUACUUCAACGACGAUCUCACUGAAUUUUGAUCUGGCAAGACUGUAAAGAAAAUGCCAUGUGCAUUUACAAGGAAGCCAAAGU